GAAAACGCAGCGAGUCACGUGGUUCAAGGUGAAACGUGCAAGUCUAGUGCACGUCGGGUUACAUUCGCAAGGACGAAACAUGGCAGCGGCAGCCAGCAAAAAAGUGUUCGAGGUCUUCGUUUCAAGAGUACCAUGGACAGUCGCAAGCAAAGAGAUGAAACAGUAUUUCACACAGUUCGGACAAGUGAAGAAAUGCCAAAUGCCAUUUGACAAAGACACCGGAUUUCACCGUGGUUUUUGCUGGAUUGGAUUUAGUUCAGAGGAAGGGCUGCAGAAUGCACUUCAGAAGGACCCUCACAUCUUGGAGGGUUCGAAGCUUCAGGUACAGAGAAACCGAAAACCUUCUGUUGGUAGAAGACUUGGUAAAGAAGAAGAAGAAACCUUAAGUUGAAUACACAGUUGUAUGCAUGUGAUGUCAUUGUUCUUUUCUAUUUUUGGAAGUGUAUUUAUGAUGUAUGUCAGUUAAAAUAAAACUCUUUAAACGAC